AUGGAUUCCAGAAAAUCAAUCCUCAUCCUUGGCCUAUUGGCCAUGGUUCUUCUUAUUUCUUCAGAGGUGUCAGCCAGGGACUUAGCAGAGACUCCCACUAAUGCCAAAGAGGAGGUUGUUGAAAAGUCAGAUGAAAUAAAUGAUGCCAAAUAUUAUGGUGGAGGCUACGGUGGUUACCAUAAUGGCUAUGGUGGUUACCACGGAGGGUAUGGUGGUUACCAUGGCGGUGGCUAUGGUGGUUACCAUGGUGGCGGUGGUUACAAUGGUGGUGGUGGUUACCAUGGUGGCGGUGGUUACAAUGGUGGUGGUUACGGUCAUGGUGGAGGUGGUUACAACGGUGGUGGUUUUGACGAUCGUAACUGA